CCGGCAUGGGAGGAAAAGAUAAUUUUAAAUUAAUUUAAAACAUAAGUUGCAAUGGUUUUGGAGUCUUAGAUGUAAGUUAUUAAAUGGUGAUUUAGUGGGUAAAUGUUUUGUGUUUGUUGUAAAGGAGAUAUUUAAGGUUUUGUGAGGGGUUUUUGACAGCUUCGACCUUCGAAACAUAUGUUUGAAGAAUUGUGUAGUGUCUGAACAAAUGGAGUUUAAAAGUGUUUUAGUUGAGAUGUGUUCAAAUAUGGGAAUAUUGUGAAAACAAAUAUAAAGAUAUUCCAUCAACUAACUAACAUCGACUAACUAAGUUUUGGUGAACUUAGAAAAUGAUUUCGGCGACCAAUUUGGCGGUGGAAGGAGCUGCGAUAAGUGGAGGACAUGCCUAUUCGACGUAUAUGCACCACCAUUUGGCUAACCACCAUUUGAACCAGCUCAGUCACCACCAUAGGUCGUCUUCAACCCAAGACCGUUACCACCAUCACACCCGACUGAACCCUCCAGCGCCUCCUGGUUCUACAAAUCUGGGCACCGCAGCACCUUCUCUCAACUUAGUCCCAGCACCAACGACCCAAGUACCUCUAAAUCUAGGAACCUCUUUACCGAUCUCAUCUUCCACCGGUGCCCCUAUCAAAGUUCAGGCUAUUCAUCCUGGAAUGAAACAGCAUCCGAAUCAGGAUCAGAUUAAUUGUCUGGGACUUCGUCAUAUGCAUUUAGGAAGCAAUGUGGAAGCUGGUGAUUUGAGGAGUUUAGGAGGCACCGAGGCGCUCCUGAAUGGGGUGCCUCAUGAGGCGCUUUUUAGGCUCCACAAAAGCGGCGGGGACUUUGCUAGACCUGUGGCGAAAAGAUACUCCAACGGUGUUCCGGAUUCGCCCCAUCCCCAAUCCUCGACGCCAGGCCCUGUAGACUUGGCUCAACCGAAAGACUCCAAUCACAACUUUAACCACCAGCCAAAAAUUUCCCUGAAAUACCAAAACCAGCAACACUACCCUCAGCACUACGAAACUAUGAACCAUUACACGAACGACAGGAGGCGAGAAGAACCCACAAACCACCAUCUGAACCGCCAAAUAAUUUUACCAAGGAACUUGUCAGAUACCUCACCGCCAAUCGAUACCAAAAGUUCCUACCGCCAAAUGGUACCGACGACGAAUUUUGGACAACAUUUCUUCAACCAGGAUUUGACCAAUUUUUAUGCGAAGGAGAUUUAUGAUAUGAGAAAUGGUGGUGGAGGUUUUGUACCUCCAAAACCGCCUGUUGGGUACGGAGGACACCAGCAGCAGCAGCAUUUGCAGCAGCAGCAGCUGCAGCAGCUGGAGCUGGUUAAGCAGAAGUGCGUUAUGAGCACUGGUGUAGGGAAGAGCUUCGAAUGUGAACAGGGAUUCAAGGUGCCAUCAGGUAAAGAAGGAUCUUUGAAACACAGAAUUUUAAGGCCGUCACCACCAGCAUCGGUAGCGCCUCUGUCGCCACAGUCGCCUUCAUUCUCAGUCACUUCGCCGACGGCGCUACCUACAGUGGCCUCCGGUUUCUCCCGCGGCGCCCUCAUUCGCCUGGCGGACGGCGACGUGAGACGAGUGGAGGACAUGAGGGCGGACGAUUUCCGACGAUCUGCGGACGUGACAGGAGAUGUCACUCUGACAGAUGUCACCGUCGUCAGGAUAAACGUGACGACGUCGGGAGGUGAAAGUGCUAAAGAUGACGGCGGAGGAAGGGUUACCUUGACGCUGAGUUUUAACCAGCAUAGGGACAGGGUUGAGUUCGAAACAUCCCAAGAGCACCCAUUCUUCGUCUACGGUCAAGGCUGGGCCUCGUGCUCCCCUGAAGCCACGAUGCGAAAAUACGGCCUAAAGUGCAACCGGCUUCAAGUCGGCGACAUCUGCAUAUCUCUAACCCCCAAAGACAAAACCACCACCAACCCUCAAACCCCACAUCAUGUUUCCUCCAAAAGUCUACAAGCCUUGAAAACCGCCAAACCUCACUACCCAGAAAGGACGACUAAUAACAAACCACCAGCUCCUGCUGCAUCUCAUCUCAAUGCUGCAAGACAAUUGCAAAUGACACCGGCUGUGUCAUAUCCCAGGCAGAUGUCAAAGGUGACAUCCAUGUGUCAGCAGAGGCCUCAGGAAAUGCCGAGGUCGGCGACUGCUGAUUCUAAUCUUUAUCAGUUUUCGGAGGAGCCUCAGAAUUUGACAAAACAUAAGUUUUUGUGCGACAAGAAUAAGGAGAGACUGGCCGAUGAUGGUUUCGCGAAUUGUAAGAAGAGGCGGUGGUCGGCGCCUGAUGAUACACUAACGAGCCAGAAAAUGGUGGUGAAGAGGCUUAAGGAGUAACAUGGUAAGAUGGUGAGUUUGAGGUUAUGUGCUGUGAUGAUUAAAAUGAUUU